AUGUCGCUGUCGUCCUCCGAGACCGCCGUGCACGUGGCGCCGCCGCGCAUCGCUUACAUGUUUCUCGCCCACUUCGACCCGAAACAGGGAUACAAGAUGGAGUGGGCCAGCGACCCCGCCGCGCACGACUUCGCGGGCCUCGAGUGCAAAGUGCUCCCCUCGGGCGUCCACGAGUACGAGGCCACCAGCAUGUAUUUGGCCCACGAGGCGCGCGGCAAGCUCUUCUACGGCUGCGCCCGUUUCCGCCAGGCCAACCUCAACCCCGCCGGCGGGCUGGACCGGCGGCUCGUGAAAAUGUACUCCCUCGGCAUCCUAGUGGAGCCCUUGGAGGGCCAGUACUGGACACCGCACGAGUUCUCCGCCGUGGGCUGGGAGCACUUGGGCGCGCUCGACCAAGCGCUCGGCGAGUUCGUGAGAACGGGCGACUUGGCCGCCGUCCAGCGGGCGCACCGCAGGCUCUCGGGCCGCGACUGGCUGCUCGACGUGCCGCGCCCGUUCGCAGACUGCCAGCUGGACCACCCGCUCCGCAAGCUCCCCGCCACGCUCUCCACCGUGGGCCCGCUCUUGUUCCCGUUGUUCAAGGCGGCGUUGCUCCGCAAGAACAUCCUCAUCUUCAACCACUCGUCGCAGGGCUCGGCCGAGCUCGUGCGGGAGCCCUCGCCGCGCGGGCCUGCCGCGUGCGCCGCGUUGGCGUACGUGCUCGCGCUCAUCAGCGUGAUUCCCAAGACCGUGCGGCUCGAUCUGCCGGCCCGCGGCCCCGGCGACAGCCCGGCGGCCCGCUGCUCCCGGCCCCUCUACACCGUGGGGCUCCAGGACAUGGGCUCCGGCUUGCUCGCCCACCACCCCGGGUUCAUUGCCUGCACCAGCGACGAGAUCCUCAAGUACCAGACCCGCAUGUACGAUGUGGCGGUGAUGAUGCCGUCCUCGAGCCUCGACACGUGCCUGGUCCACGCCAGCGAGGCCCUCGCGCGCCCGAUCCGCGCCACGCACAACGACUACGGUAUGUUCUUGAAGGUCUACAGGAGCUUGCCGCAGACCAGCGACGGCACGCAGCUGUCUACGGGGGACGACCAGUCAUCCAUCCGCACGUCCAGCUCGGACGACAAGCUCCGCCGCGAGCCCACGUGGUGGCUCGCCAACGCCACGUUGCCCAUGUCGUGGCGCGAGUACAUAUGGCUGGCGUUUGCGUGGUUUGCCAGCGCGGGCACCACGGAGCGCGAGGCGGGCAAGAUCAACUUGGACGCAGACACCGUGCCCGACGGCGCCCCGAGCUCACGGGACGAGUUGCUCCAGCUCACGUCCAUCGUGGGGCAUUUCCACAAGCUCACGAAGAAGUGGUUUUACAUCAUCGAGGAGAUCAUCGAGGAAACCACGGGCGGGCCUGCGGCAGACUUGGCCUCCGAAAGAGUCACUUUGGAGCUCACGCCGCAGGACAUGGUGGACAUGGAGUUGGACCCCUACUCCGCCCAGGACUUGGACUUCGUGCGUGAGUUCGUGUUGACAUACUGGAGCACGGUGAUCGACGACGUCGAGGUUGGUUUGGGCCUCCACAACUUCUUGUGCUAG